AUGCUUGUCAAGGGUGACUAUGACGCAGUCUCUUCGUUGGAGAAGCGCGACGAUAGACUGGAGCCUCUUGUGUUGCCUGACUGCCCGGCUCUAAGCAAUAUCAGCCCUAUGAUAAGCCGCAGCAAAAAUCCUACGUCCGAUAUUUGUAUUCUUGCUUCCGAUUUGAACCUAAGAAAUACCCGUAGGGACGCAAGCAACACCAGAGCCAGGAUGGCUUGCUUCGUUAUCAGAGGAUGCUGGAAUUACUCCGCCGACUCCCUAGGUUUACAGGUCAGUAGCCACAAGAGAUUUCAUGCCUUGACAACGGCUGACUGGCGUGAAAUGUUCACCAGUUCGCAGGAGAUGGACAUCAACGAGGACGCAUACCCGAUCAAAGAAGACUGGAUUACUCCUCUGUUUUAG